AUGAAAUUACACCGAAGACAUAAUUCUUCCACCAUCAACCUAGAACAACUAAGUCAAACUUACGAAUUUCCAUUUGAAGCUAUUUUUGAUGUUCCGGAAGCUAAAGAGGAAUUUAGAUUAUAUCUCAAAAAAGAACACAAUGAAGAACCAUUUAUGUUUUUUGAAGAUGUUGAAGAAUUUAAAAGAUUGAAAUUUGAAGAAAACAAAACUAAAAAGGCAAUCACAAUUUUAAAAACCUACAUUUUACCAAAUAGUCAACACGAAAUUAAUAUUUCAAGUCAACAAAGACAAUCAAUUAUUGAAGAAUUUGAGAAGGUUUCACAAUUGUUGAAUGAUAAGCAUUUAUUGGUUAAUGAAGGUAUUUAUGAUGAGGUUCAAACAAGUGUAUUCUAUAGUUUGAAGAAUGACAAUUAUCCAAGAUUUACCUCAUCGACACAUUUCAAGAAUUUCAUCAAGCACAAGGAUGCUGCAUUUAUUUCAUCAAUUGCAGUUAAAAAAUCAACCAAAUAUAUGGAAUAUAUUCCUAAAUUUGAUGGAUUAGUUACAGAUAGAGAUAUUACAUUCUUUUCAUUUAUGAGUUUCAAUUUUGAUAUGGAUGUUUGGGAUGAAGUUAAUAUUGCAAAGGGUGGUAAGAGAGCUUGUUACAUGUCUAAAAAGGAAUUCCAUUUCAAUGAUAAAUCAAUUGAAUCAUUGACUGAACAUAAUCAUUUCCAAAAAGAGAAUGGAAAGUUGUUAAAGCAAGUAUUUAUUUUGCCAUGUACUAAGGAAGAAGCCUUUACAGUGUUUUCACAUACCCAUCUAAGAAAGGAAAUUAUGGGACUUGAAGGCAUUAAUCAAAUAGAUUUUAUACCAAUUUCACCUCAAAACAAGUAUGCCCAUUCGAUUACUCAUUUACAAAUUAAUAUGAAAGGAUUUUCAUGGAUUUUAAAACCUAGAGAUGCUGUCGUUGCCUUGACAUCUGUUGUUGAUACAAAGAGAGGUUGCUAUUCCCUCAUGUUGAAAUCAACGGAAUCAACCCAAAUGCCUGAAAAGAAAACUCAUGUAAGAGCUCAAAUGUUGACCAGUGGAUUUUUUACAGAUUGUUCUCCAACGGAUGAAAUCAUCUCAUACAAGGAACAAAAGAAGAGAUUAAGGUCUCCUCAAGCUGAAUCAUCCCAGAAAAAUAAUGCUAGCUCUUCAUCACUUUCUAGACAUAGCUCUUCAUCACUCUCUAGACAUAGCUCAACAUCAGAAGAAGACGAAACCGAAAGUGAAGAAUCAUUUGGAAAUGUUGAACAUGCAUGCAAAUUGAUUUUGGUUUCUUAUAUUGAUCUCAAAACUUUACAAUCAGAUUUUAUUAGAAAGAAAGUUAUUAGUGCUAAAAACAAACAUUGCUAUACCAAUUUCCUCUCAGCAAUUCAAGAACAACGCCAAUAUGGGUUUAAGAGACCUAAAUUCUCUGAGGGUCUACUAGAAACUCUUGAUGCAUUUAAAUCGACUUACUUGAUAGAUACACAUGCUGAAAUAACUUGGAAUAUGGAAGAAGAAGAUGCUGAAUCUUCUAUGCACGAAUUGAUACACUGA